GGACUAAAGUACACUCUUUUAUUCACUUUACUUUGAUACAUUUUGCAAAUUAACCAUCUAUGGGUUCAUAAAUCGGCUGCCAUAACACCCUCAAAGGGCAUCUUUGAGGAGUGUGUCUACUGCCUACGAGGUAGCACCGACCGAGUAGCACAUUCGGUGCUUAGCGACAGGUAACUACCCUGCAUUUCCUUCACACGGAGCUGUGCUUCCGGCGUAGAAGAAGACGCUCAUCCCGUUGUGCACUUCAUUGCUAUGAGUGUACUUGUGCUCCAAGACAAGUCUGUCAACAGAGCAAAAAUGAGCGGCCUGGAUAAGGACCAGCGUCAUCAUCCCAGUUGCCGGGAAAAAACACUGGCCUCUGAUUCAUCCGACUCCCGUGAGCUUCCCAGUCAGCAGCUCCAAGGGCUCAAAUUGGCAUCACAUGCAGUGCUGGAGGAAGCACAGCAAAGGGGCAGGUUAAAGUGCUCUAAAUGUGGAGGCUCGAGGAUGUUCUUCUGCUACACAUGCUGCUCCUUAGUGGGCAUGAGCCUGCAAGAUGUCCCCACAGUAAAGCUUCCUGUGAAGAUAGACAUCAUCAAGCAUCCCAACGAGACAGAUGGCAAGAGCACUGCCAUCCACGCCAAGAUUCUUGCACCCAGUGACGUCACAAUAUAUACUUACCCCUGCAUACCUGAGUACCAAAAAGAUAAGGUGGUGUUGGUAUUCCCUGGUCCGAGGGCCGUCUCAGUUCAAGACAUGAUGAAGUGUUUACAUGACAGGUCACACGACUUCUCUGAUGAACCGUGCAGAAAGAGGUUAAAGACUGAGCAAGUUCAAGGUUCCACGUGCACCUCCGAGAGCUCAGAGUCGGGGACGCCAGAUGAAGCAAAAAGCUCUGUGUCAAAGGUGGAUCCCCUCCAGAGGGUGGUCUUCAUUGACAGCACAUGGAACCAGACCAAUAAGAUCAGCACAGACGAGAGACUGCAAGAUUUGCUCCAGGUAGAGUUGAAGAUGAGAAAAACGUGUUUCUGGCGUCAUCAAAAGGGCAAGCCGGACAGUUAUCUAGCUACUAUCGAAGCCAUAUAUUACUUUCUCAUGGACUUCCACGAGCAUUGCCUCGACGAGGAGUACAGCGGAGAAUACGACAACCUUCUCUUCUUCUACUCCUACCUGCACUCGAUUGUUAACAAAGCUAAAACCUCUGCGGGAAAAUGCUGAGGUUUCCUGUGAGGACAGACCAAAAGACAUCGAACUGUAGCUGAAGCGACGAUAUAAAUGCAACAUUCAGGUGCUCUGCCUUCCAACGACCCCAAAACAUGCAUCUCAUUAUGUGUCGAUCAUAAUUUGCCUCUGGUUGUGGAUGAAAACCUUAAUGGUCGGCUCUCUGUUUGAAAACCUGUUCAGGGUCACAGUGGGGGAUAGAAUAAGAAGCUAUUAAAAUGGAUGGAUUCGUAAUUUAAAGUCGUGGAUAAUGAACAGAUCAAAAUGAGUAACUUGGAAUAACAGACAGUGAGAUGGGGUUUUUAUGUUUAUCGAUUCUGAUUAUGCAGAAAAAUAAUUUUUAGUUUUUGAACUCGAAUGACUUUUUUUUUUUUUUUU